UAAGUAGGCCAGCAACAUUUAAUAUUUUUCAAUAAAUUAAUAUAUAAAAUAUAUACAUUAGUGCCAAAUGGAACAUAUAUUUUGAAAUAUGAAACCCAAGUAAAAUGCUCAGGAAUCUGGAGUAGAAUCCAGGUAUCUGCCAAAGGAAACUUUGGACGAGUUGUCUUUUGAAGAAGGGAAACAAUGCUGGGUCUCUUAUCUUCAUGGACUGUUUUGCUUGUCAAACUUCUAACAUCACUUCAGCCGAGUUUCUUAUUUGACUUCCAACCUCAUGGCCAUUUGACCUGCCAACUAUUAUUUUUCUUUGAAGCUUUUAACACCCCACCCAAGUAUUUUGCUUUCCAGAUUGUGUCCGUUUCCUUUUCACUUCACCUUAAAGUCAGCCUGGGUUUACAACAUCGGCUUAAGGUGCACCCUCUAGGGUUUCAGACAGACCUAGAGGACCGCGGUGAUGACUGAAGCUAGAUACCUCUCGGCAAAGCCAAGGUGCCCGGAAGGUUCUCCGCGUUGUGCCGGGAUUUCCAUCCAACCUGAGAGUCUCAGGGCAGAGACCAGGCCCCGAGCAUCCGACUCCCCGGGGUCCCAGACCCCUCCCCAGGCUAAUCAUGCGGGCUGGGACCUCCCAGCCGGAAAAAACCGCCCUUUCCUGUCGCCUACUCCUUCCCCAGGCCGAGGACUCGCGGAGGAGGAAAAGACGGAGGCCGAUUAAGAAAAUUAGCAUUCAUUAACCCGGUUCACGCUCGUGCCCCGGCGGAGGGGAGGGGUGCGCCAGGCGGCGGCGCUGGCUGUGGCCGGCUGACCGGCGGGCGCAGGUGCCACCACAGGCGGAAUUUUACGCUCCCGGGCCGGCAGCUGCGCCACUUGCGCCUCGUCGCGCGUCUGGGGCAGCCGCCACCAGCUUGCUUCAGCUUUAGGCAAAUCCUUUUGAAAGACCCUGAGGGAGAGGAAACGCCUCCCUCUGGACAGGAGAACCUGUAGCGUCUGCUGUUCGUCGCUUGUCCAGUUGCUCAGCCCGGAGCUCCGGCAUCUCCAGGGCGCGAAGUCCACGCUCCGGGUUUUGGCUGCAGCUCCAAGGGGAGCGAGCUGGAAACUGACAGAACGCGACCCUCCCCCUCCGCGCCCACCAGAGCACUGGCUGCGAGGGGCCUGGGGAGCUGCGGCCUGAACGGGGAGGCGCGCUCAGGUGGCCUCGCUUCCCUGCCGGUCACCGCCCGCCACGCCGGAACUUCGCACAGCUAGGUCGGCCUGUUGGGAUCGGGAGAGGUGGGCGCACGAGGUUUAGUGCGGGAGUCCGGGGUGCGGGCGGAGUCCUAUUGUCCCCGUGCACCCGGGCGGCAGCACCUCCGGGUCCCUCUUUAAAACGAGCGUCCGGCGACCUUUCUUUGUGCUUAGGGAGUCGAAAGCGGCAUCUUCUCCGACGGAAGUCGCCUACUGGGGGGUAGCGCUGGAGAGGUAACAAUGGGCGCCCGUUGUCCUCCGAGGGUCCAAUGGUGACCCCCCCUGCGCGCGCGCCCGGCUGCCGGUUGGCCCCGGGCCAGGGCACAGGUACAGCGGCUGGGAGGGUCGGCCCCGGGGCCCGUGCCCUCCGCCCCGCCCCGGUCCGUCCCCGCGCCGCCGGCCCCGCCCCGCGCCGCCCCGCCCUCCGCAGGUUCAGUCCUCGCGUCCGGCCGCCCAGCUCUCAGUUGCGCGCACCUUCUCUCGCGGCCGAGGGUCCGUAGCGCGGGGUUAGCCCGGAGACCCGGCCACCGCCCUGGGGCGCCUUCACGCUGUCUCGGAGCGGAUAAUGCGGUGAGCAGGCACCGCGCCGGCAGACUCGGCUGGAUCUGCGCACACCGGCCGGGGCUGCGUGCGCCCGCGGGAGGCCCGGGGCAGCGGCUGGGAUUCUCAGCGGCGGCCGGUUUCUCCUGGUUGUGGUCAAGACUGGAUGAUGUAACUGGCUCUCUAGCAAGCCUCACUUGGCCGUAACCUCAGGAAGGUUCUCUGACCCCAUCUCAUUUCAAAACCACUUCUGAAGCCACUUGAAAAAAUGAUGUGACAGUUCCUAUCAAAAAGGAUUAUUCAGAAACAUAUACCAUCUGUGAAGAAAGUGGCCCUUUUUUCCACUUGCAAAAUAGACAUUCUCAAAUUCCAAAAUGCCAGCCAAGACCCCAAUUUACCUGAAAGCAGCCAAUAACAAGAAAGGAAAGAAAUUUAAACUGAGGGACAUUCUGUCUCCCGACAUGAUCAGUCCCCCGCUUGGAGACUUUCGCCACACCAUCCACAUCGGCAAAGAGGGCCAGCACGAUGUCUUUGGAGAUAUUUCCUUUCUUCAAGGGAACUACGAGCUUUUACCUGGAAACCAGGAGAAAGCACACCUGGGCCAGUUCCCUGGGCAUAACGAGUUCUUCCGGGCCAACAGCACCUCGGACUCUGUGUUCACAGAAACACCCUCCCCGGUGCUCAAAAAUGCCAUCUCCCUCCCGACCAUUGGAGGGUCCCAAGCUCUCAUGCUGCCCUUAUUGUCACCGGUGACGUUUAAUUCCAAACAGGAGUCCUUUGGGCCAGCAAAGCUGCCCAGGCUUAGCUGCGAGCCUGUCAUGGAGGAAAAAGCUCAGGAGAAAAGCAGUCUGUUGGAGAAUGGGACAGUCCACCAGGGAGACACCUCGUGGGGUUCCAGCGGAUCUGCCUCUCAGUCCAGCCAGGGCAGGGACAGCCACUCCUCCAGCCUGUCCGAACAGUACCCCGACUGGCCAGCUGAGGACAUGUUUGACCAUCCCGCCCCAUGCGAGCUCAUCAAGGGAAAGACUAAGUCAGAGGAGUCCCUCUCUGACCUUACAGGUUCCCUCCUCUCCCUGCAGCUUGAUCUUGGGCCCUCACUUUUGGAUGAGGUGCUGAAUGUCAUGGAUAAAAAUAAGUAACAGGAUGCCAACUUUUUUUCCUUUGGGGUAAAAGGUACAAAAACUAAACUAAACUAACCACAGUGGAAGAGAAGGGCUUCCGGAGCUGUAUUUGCAAUUUUGUGAUGGGUUUUCUAAAAUAAUAUUCUUACAAAGUAUUUUUUUACCUGGUAUGCCCUCCUUGCAAAAACAAUUUAGGAAAAAACAACAAAGCAAAACCUAUCUUGGCAAAAAGAGGAAGUGAGUCAGAGCCCAUUUUCAGCAGGCAUUGGUGAUGUUCGGCUCACACAUUGUUUGCAGACACACAAGAAAUCUGGGUUGGCCAGGAUUGGCACUAGCUAUGAAGGGCUGAGCGAGUCACACUGAGGAACUUUAUGGAACUUUACAGCACUCCGACAUUUUCUGAGCAAGAGGAAGUCAAAAUUUAUUUAACACCUAAGCCUUUUUGUAGACUCUUUUCUAUAUUGCUUGGGCUCACCAUAGCGAAUUCUCCAGUGUUAAAAUUUUUCUGUUUUCACAUUUGAACUUAUGGGUUUUGGGGAUUUUCUUGUAGUUCUUAUAUAUCCCUCUAUAUCUGUAUUGCAAAAUUUUGACUGUCAGCUACAUGUUGGUAAGACACAGGCAAAGUAUUACUGUAACUAAGUUAUUUUUAAAGUUAAAAUAUAUUUUUACGUGCCUUUGGCUUUUUAUUGCAGAGAGUCUACAUUUUAUAGAUCCUACAUCAGAUGUCACUUGACUUGUUUCCAUUGGGAUUCCACUGUAAGCUGUGUAUGUGUGUGUUUGGAAAAGUAUAUUCAUACUUAGUUUUUUUUCUUCAUCUGUUAUCAUACUUUUAACAGCAACCAAUAACGAAUUGUAAAGUAUAAAGGCGCAGGUUACUCAUGAUGCUUCUGCAGAGACUGUGGGCUACCCCACAUGAUGUUAUUUGGAAAUAUAGGUAUUUUAGUACAGUACAUACUUGCAUUACAUAGGUACUUCAAACAACACAAUAAAGAGUAAAUGAUAAAGUCAACUUGCUUGUUUAUAGUAAUAAACAAGACCAUAAAAGAAUAAGUCUAGCUAGAGAAGUUGCUUCUCUGAAAUGUACGUGAGCCUUUAAGGUAAGAGAUGCUUUCCAUCUGCUCUAAUUUUGAUUACUUCCUUAUGGUUUGAGAGGCUAGAAACUGAGCCUCUCUACUUUAGGAAAGAUGAACAUGUGAGGUCAGAUUUUUUGUUUUUUUUAAGUCAACACUGAUGCCACCCUCUCAGUGCUCAUUUCUGAGCAUCUUCCUGACUUGAACCCUUCUACAGCAAACUCUUGCAAGUCCAGUUUCAUCCCUGUAAGGCAAAUGUCUGUUCAUGCAGAAAGUGCCAUAUAGACAAAUUAAGGCAGCUAAAGUGAGGGCAGUAGAGAGCACUUACCCCAUCCCAAGGUGCCAGAGAUGCCCUGAGGAUGGUGGUUAAGGAAACAGGAGCAGGAAAUGUAUACACAGAUCUUUGCCAACCACUCCUUCCCCAUCAAAGAAAAACACUUGCACACAAUAACUACCAGCUCCUUCUCUCAAACUGGUAUUUCUCCUUGAAAUGUAUCUCAGAAAUGACCUCCUCUCCCAACCACUUCAACGAUUCUUUCUUUGGGUUUGGGGUUCUUGCAAUUCUGUCAUCUAAAAUAGCCUUUGGACUGCAGGUGAAAUGCAAUUAGGACAAUUAACCAAGUAGACGAAACAAAUUCCCCUAGGCAGGGGUGUCCUGCUUCCCUGGACCACAUUGGAAGAAUUUUCUUGGGCUACAUGUAAAAUACACUAACACUGACCAUAGUUGAUGAACUUACUUAAAAAAAAAUAAAAAUAGAAAAUUGCAAAAAAAAAAAAAACUCAGACUGUUUUAAGAAAGUUUAAAAAUUUGUGUUGGGCUUCAUGUAGGCCACAGGUUGGACAAGCUUGUCCUAGGGCAUUGCAUGCUUUCCUUAACUUCCCAGUUGUAUUUCAUUAUCCAUGACUCUCCAGUGUUCUUUUUCUGUUGGACCACACCCAUCACAGUUCAUAGUUCCAAAUAGAAAUUUCCCAGCUUAUUUUAAAUCGUUAAUGAGGAAGAGUCCAAUGUAUCUCAUUAUUUGUAGCCAAUUUUAGACUCUUUCAAUACCUCCCCCCAUUUUAAUUAGUACUGAUCAUAUUCAGUCUUUCAUUUUACUCUUCAUCUGUAGCGUGACCUCAAGGUAAAGAUGAAACUAUUUCAUGAAAUGGGGAGGAAUGUGGCUGCGCAUUAUCUCUGCUCCCUCUCUGGUAAGUACUGGGGAGAGAACAGCCCUGCCAGUACUGGGUUUGUUUGAUAGAGUCUAAAUAAUCACGCAUCCUGCCUAUAGUUAGCCAUUUUAGUUCCUGGGAGUCCUUGCAUGUACAUUUUCUUCCAUUAAUUGAAUUAGGUGUAAUUGAGAUGGCAAUAAAUAUGUCCAUAUUAGAAAGAGGAAACAAAGCUACAUCCGGCUUAUAAAUGAUUCACUUCUCCCAAGGCAGCCUUUCCAAUGCCUGGUCCCUUCCCCAGAGAGCAGGUGGACAGCUGGUGGUGGCUUGCUUUCCUGCAAAGAGGCACUUUAGACCUACACCUGCUAUGAGCUGAAUUGAUGUUCUCAUCCUGUGAACCUUCUCCCACUUUAACCGAAUUUAUCUUUACUUGUUUAAAGAUAAGGAAACCCAAGAUGUACUUUAUUUGCAAACUCAAAGCAAAUGGCGAGCCACCUGUGACCCAAUAACCAGAAAAGAAACCAAGCCAUUUGUGUAAGUAGAGACCCUUCUUGUUGAGGUAGGCAAGGCUCUUGUGAGCGAUUUUUUCCCUCUAGUGAGAUCUAGCAAAAGACAAGCUAUAUUAUUUCUGCCUGAAAUUUUCUGCCUGAAAAGAGCAAAAUAUCAGGAUACUUAGCGCUUCACAAAUAUGAAGUCAUUAGCACAUUUCAGUGAGCCAGAAAUCACUUAACAGCACACACAAAAGACUAUACUGGUUGAACAGCAAAGAGAAACCCGGGUCUCCAGAAUCACAGUUUAGUCCUAUAUUACUGCAAGUGACCUGUUUUUUCUGAAGGCUCCCUGCAAAUGACGUCCUGGAAUGGAAAAAAUCUGUAAGUCUAUAAAUCAACUUGAUAAAUAUUUUAGAACAGAUAAAAGAAAAUGCUGAAUGAUGUAGUUCUAAUCCUCCUUCUAAUACGGAACCUGGCAAGACUGAAUCAUUGUACUGUGAAAUAUAUAAACACAAUAGAAUGAGCCAACAUGAUGGUUUCUCUCCAGUAAGAGUUUUUCUUUUGGAAAUGAGGUUAACAUAGCCCCAAAUAUAGCAAUUCUCAUAAAAUCUGAUUUUAGAAUUAGCCUCCCAGAUUAAUCCGAAUGAUUGACUUAUUUUUCUUAGGCAAGUCAGUAAGCCAUAUAAUCAGGGUUAUUGGGUGCUGCCCUGUGUCCCCACCCACUAGAGAGCCAUAUCCAGCAAAAUAAGAGAAGUUUCCAGAUGCCAAAUGAUAAGCCACCAUCAACCCAGAGGGGAAACCUUCUGGUUGGUUUGGCUGUAUGAGAUUCAGGAAGGCCAGAAUACCCAAAAUUACUCACACCACAUUAACUUACUGGUACUGGCUAAGCAAUACAUGUAUUUCCUAAAGAAGGAGAUGGUCUUUCUGGUAGAUUUAUGGACAUACUUGUUUCAUCUGACUGUAAAUAUAUUGCAUGCUUUAUUCUGAUGGUGCACUAUUUCAUCCAGCAAGCUUUUCAUCUGAGAAUGUUUAAUGUUGACCUUAUUCUUAGAGCAAGUAGAUCUAAAUAUUUUUCAGCUGAGUUGUUAGGGAGUCAUUAUUCUGUGGUAAAAUGCUGCAAAAAAACGUGGAAGAAUGGGAACUAUGCUUACUUUAUGAAGUGAUGUAUAACAAUGAAAUCUGUUUUACAACUA